GCUCCCUUCACGGCGUAGCUUUAUUUACAUACACUGGGCUUUGAACAGCGAUAAAGAAUCAGCUGUUGUGUCAAACAAUUCCCGAAGUCUGUAACGAUGAGCUUCCCGGAGAAACAAGAUAAUAUAUCGAAGGAUGAAUGGGUUGCCAAGCUGGAGGAGAACUCUCAUACGCUACGCGUUUCCAUGAACAAUUUGAUCAUGAAUUACCUCGUCACAGAGGGAUUCAAGGAAGCGGCUGAAAAAUUUCAACAAGAAUCUGGGGUAGAACCCACCGUAGAUCUGAGCUCUUUGGAUGAUAGAAUCCGUAUCAGGGAAGCCAUUCAGAAUGGUCGUAUUCAAGAGGCGACGGAUCUUGUAAAUCAGCUACAUCCAGAAUUAUUGGAUAACGAUAGAUACCUUUACUUUCAUCUGCAACAAUUGCAUCUGAUCGAGUUGAUUCGAACAGGGAAAAUAGAGGAGGCUUUACAGUUUGCUCAGGAUCGGCUAAGCGAAGCUGGAGAGUCAGAUGAUAAUAUUUUAUGCGAAUUGGAACGUACUCUGGCUCUGCUGGCUUUCGACGAACCUCACAAGAGUCCUUACAGUGAUUUAUUGCAUCCAACUCAUAGACAAAAGAUCGCGAGCGAACUGAACGCAGCUAUAUUAAAAAUGGAAUACAAGGAAUCAACCAGCCCGCGAGUAAAUAAUUUACUCAAGAUGAUACUUUGGGCACAGGAUGAAUUGGAAAAGAAAAAAGUGAAGUAUCCUAAAAUGACUGAUCUAGGUAGUGCCACUAUCGAAAGCCCGAAAUAAUUUGAAUUGGACAAAGUGUGGGAUGAUGAAAAUUUAUUUAUUAGGAUGAAGAAAAGAGGUGUGAUUGUAUCAUAUUAGUGUUUAACAUGUGAACAGGUUUCAAGAAUAGAAUAAAAAUUUGAACUUUUUAAUAUA